ACUUUAUGUCAUGUUAUGUCGUUCUCUCAUCAGAAAUAUAACCAGACUGUUACUUUGACUUGAUUCAUGUUURAGAAUCCUUGAAUCGCCUAUGGUAGCCAAUUGGAGCUGCCUAAACACUUGCUCAUACAAAGCACCGCCUCUUUGUACCUAGCUCCUCCCUGGAGCUCAGUCUGCAGCCUAGCUCCUGUCCUUCUCCCGAAGCGUUGUUUGAAACAAAGUGGGUGCGUCCGAAAUGGUAGCAGGUUUUUAAAGAGACAGAGGCCAAUUUCAAGGAUAGGCAUUAAUGCAAAGAUAAACUUAUUUUUGAUAUAUGCAGCAUUUUCAAAACAACUGAAGAUAACAUAGCUACUUGAUUGUGGUAUAGAAUUGAACUAUGAGCCUGGAAAAUACACAAUAACCUGCCUCCCCACAAUUUAAAGRAAAUUAGUUACUGCUUACAAUAUAAACUUAACUAUGAGCAAAACUGUAAAACUUAUAUUUAAAUUUUAAAUAUAAGUUUUAAAAUAUGCAACUACUUUAUAUUCUUUUUUGGGUCUUUUUGUUUCUUACAAAACAUUGGUGUUAAGGAGAAAACUGGUGUAUUGUACUUUUAAAGUCUCUUGGGGUGCAUUGACGUGCAAAAACCAAAACCUUCAAUAACACACAUAAAUAGUCAGUUGUAGCUGCAAAACCAACAGAGUUGCCACUUAAUACUUGCUCUAUUGUUUGUAACUAUUUCCUACCACAGUAUUUACAUCUGCCAAACCUAAUUACACAUUUUUUUCUUAUGAAUUCAUAUGAAUUACCUUCAUUAUUGCACCKUUCCUAUGAAUAGCUUAUAAAAGCUCAGUACAUAAAUUAAUUUUCAAAAAUAGGUCCAUAAGUCUGCUAUCAAAGUGUUGCAGUUAAACUGAUAGGAGUCACCGUGGUCACAGCAGCUAAUUCUGCCCUGUUAAUUGGAUUACAGCUGAAAGCAGUCAGCUCCAUCUGUUUGUCUCCGCAAAGAGCUCUGAAGAGUCACGGCUUAAACAGGAGAAAUGAUAAAACAAAUGUCUAGAAAUGACGGUGGAAAGUGUUCGCAUUAAUGUUGCAGAUUGCGGGUGACAGUCGUGGAGAGGUGGUGAAAAGGAAGGAUUAGGUGCUGAUUACUAUUCACAGCUCUGCCUCUCUCAGGAGGGCUUACAGACAUCAGCGUUAGAUGUGAUGUGAAAACAGCAGCGUGCCUUCACACAGCUCUUAUCACUGUAGGUUUUCUAAUGCCCUCCUCCUUUGCCUUGGCAGAGAGCUUUCAGUGAAGCUUCUUAUUCGUCUUGCUGAAUUAGUGAACRCAGCACGGAGAGAGCGCUCCAACCCAGCAUGAGCUUUACUACUGAGGAGAGGGGCAGGCCCAACACCCAGGAGUACAGGCUGUUUUUCAAAAACUCAGAUGGAAAAUACGUUUCUCCCUUUCAUGAUGUACCCAUCUAUGCAAACAAAGCAGAGGACAUUUUUCAUGCCGUUGUAGAAGUUCCAAGAUGGACAAAUGCAAAGAUGGAGAUUGCCACUAAGGAUCCUCUUAAUCCGCUGAAACAAGAUGUGAAGAAGGGAAACCUYCGUUAUGUCGCCAACGUGUUUCCACACAAAGGAUAUAUCUGGAACUACGGGGCUAUUCCACAGACAUGGGAAGAUCCAAACCACAAGGACAGUGACACAGGAUGCUGUGGAGACAACGAUCCAAUCGAUAUUUGUGACAUAGGUGACAAGGUGUGCUCUCGUGGAGAAAUCAUCACAGUGAAGGUGUUGGGGACUCUGGCUCUGAUCGAUGAGGGUGAAACGGACUGGAAGGUCAUGGUGAUCAACACCGACGACCCAGAAGCUGCAAACUUUAACAAUAUCGAUGACGUGAGGCGGCUGAAACCAGGAUACCUGGAGGCGACUGUGGAUUGGUUCAAACGCUACAAAGUCCCAGAUGGGAAACCUGAAAACCAGUUUGCUUUCAAUGGAGAGUUCAAAGACAGGGACUUUGCUAUAAAAACAGUGAAAAGCACACAUGAAUUUUGGAAAGCGCUGGUAUCUAAGAAGACCAAUGCUGGAGAGUUAAACUGCAUGAACACCAGUGUCUCAGACAGUCCAUUUUUCUGCUCGCCUGCAGAUGCAGAGGCUGUGGUUAAGUCUGCCUGUCCUUUUGGUGCUGAACAUCCCAUUCCAUGCUCAGUUGACAAAUGGUUCUACUAUGAAAAGUAAAGAUGUGCAUCCUUGUGAGAAGCUCAAGAGGAAUUCUUCAUUCAUUUAUCAUUGCAGACACAAUACUUCUUGUUUGACACUGUUUUUCACAUUACAGCGUGAAAGCACUCUUUUUUUCUUGCCUCAACAAUAGUGUUCAAUUAAACUCAGUUUUCAGUGCAA